AUGAUUGACAAUGUCUUCUCUCUCCACCAAAGCCCAGGGGGAAACGAAGUGACUUUCCCUUUUGACCUCAAAGAUUAUCAACGAUACGUCUUCGGGGAUGACAGGCUAGCGCACCGUCUCGGCACAGCCUGCGCUAAGGCCUUCAUUGCCCAUGGCUCUGGGUCCCGGGCUGCACAACCUACGACAGCACCAGCAAGCAAUCAAAGCGCAGCGGACGACGUUGCGGUUGCCGUUGUAUCCGGCUAUGUCCCUACCGCUACCCACAGCCUACGAAAUCACUUUGUCGCUUAUCUCAAUCGACACCUGAUCUCAACCAAUGCAAAUCCCGCCCUCAAAAUCGACCUCAAUGUAGUGGAGGGUCCACAUGGCCGAACUGGUCCACACGCGGGCACCGAAAACUAUUGUCUCGACCGCGAGCAGGUGGGGAACAGGCCGAUCAUCCUGUUGAGCGACAUUCGCUUGAGCCAGGACCGGGAACAUCGGGUGCGGUUGUCACUACGCUCGCAGCAUAUCGACAACCCACUUGUGUUCGUAUACCUUGCUGCCGUCACAGAGCCAACAAGAGUAUGUUCACUGUCGUCGAUACUGAGCUUCAUCGUCACUCCCUCUCUCAAGGAUGUCGAACUCCUCGCCCAGACGAACAGUUUCGUCAUGAAUGAAUGUUUCGUCCAAUACAUCUUGGGACGGGACGAUGAAGAGUUCUGUCGGUUUUUGAGAAGGCAAGACGAUGGCUUCGUGAGACUGCUGCUCGACUAUGCUAUUGGAGGGAGAUACUACGAUGACGACAUGUACCGAGCCAACGUAAAGUUCAUGCAGUGGGAGGUUGGGGCAAGAGAGAGCAUGUAA